AUGGUAAAGUGGACCGAAGACACAACCUAUAAAUUUGUGCAGGAGUAUAUAAAACAUGAAUGCCUUUACAACUGUAAAGCCCCUAGGUACAAAAUUAAGGGAGCCCGAGAUACGGCCCUUGUACGUAUAAGUGAAGCUAUGAACAUACCAGGGUUUGGAAGUAAAGAAGUUUAUACUAAAAUAAGAAACUUGAAGUCUACAUAUGCGCAAGAGGCUAAGAAAAUUAAACAGAGUACAAAAUCUGGAGCUGGAACAGAUGACGUAUAUAUUCCACAAAUAAAGUGGUUCAAACUAUUAGAUGACGCUUUAAACGAUGUAAAUAUACAGUGCCGCGACUCAGGGAGUAAUAUGGACAAUGACACUGUUAAUAGCUCAAAGGGAAAUGACAAUUCUGCACUUACAGUACAGCUUCAAACAGCUCAUGCGUCACCAAUAAUUCCACAGCCAAUCACUCCGGAGCGAACAGCAAUUAGUCCACAACCAAGCACUUCAAUUCAAUCAACAUCGUCUUGUUUAUCUUUUUCUCCCGCUGAUAUUUUACCGAAGCCUCGUGUUGCAAGAAAAACCACUUCAAAUCCUCGUCGAGGCAAAAGUGCUAUUAUUACUUCAUCACCUUAUAAGACAGAACUCGAAGAAAGUAAUGCCAAAAAACAGGUUAAGAAAAAGGUGCCGAAACCAAGUGGUGGCAUUUCUAAUACCAAAAAGAAAAAGAUUUCAGACGAUAUGUGUAUUUAUUGCACUGAAAUAUAUGGUAAUACGCGAAGAAGUGAUGCUUGGGUGCAAUGUCUUCAGUGUAAGGGAUGGGCCCAUGAAGGCUGUAAUGGUUGGGAACUCGAAGAUCUUGAUGAGUUCCAAUGCCAGCUGGAUUCUCAACAUGAACAACUUGAUGGAGAGGAACUUUCCACAUCCCAACGCAAUCAAUCUGCUGUAAUAAAUAACCCCGACGCAACACCUGAAUCUCAACCUAAUCAAGAUGAAGAAGAACAAAGAAAAUCGCCGAUUCCUCGUAAAAGGACAGUACGGGACCUCAGUCGUUUGGUCAAUAAAGUGAAGAACGUGGCCGACUCAAUUAACACACGCAUGCCAACAGAAACAAAAACAGAAACAGAGUUCGAUAUAUUCGGGAAAAGUGUUGCUGCCCAGCUUAAAAGUUUGCCAAUCCACAAAGCAGUAGAAGGACAGAUGUUUAUUCAAAAUUACCUGAGUAAUUUACGUCUCCAAAAAAUGGGCCACGAAACAUCUAACUACGUAUAUAGCCCUUCUCCAACUUCUAUGUACCAGUCUUCACCAUCACUACCACCACGAGACUCUCCUUACACACAACCACCACGACACUCUCCUUACACACCAACACCACGACACUCUCCUUACACACAAACACCACGACACUCUCCUUACAAACAACCAACACAACACUCUCCUUACACACAACCACCACAACACUCUCCUUACAUACAACCACCACGACACUCUCCUUACAUACAACCCCCACAAUCUUCCACACCAGAUACUACUAAUGACAUUGAUAACAUUUCUGAUGCUGACCACUGUCUCAACGACAAUGCAAUAACUAUACAAUCUGAAAACAAUGCAUCUCAAAUGUCAAUUGCAGACCAGGAUGACAGAUUGGCACGGGCAGUUUCGGGUAUUUACUAA